CGGGCGGAGACCGCUGAGACUCAUUCCUCAGGAACAAGGGUCGGGUGUCAAGGAGACCUUUUCACACCAGCUCCCCGUCCCCCGCCUACGGUGGGUGGGAUCGCGCGGCAGAGACAAAGGAUAUCAGUAGGGACGGACAUAGCUGCGAAGGGAAGUAGGGUGUCAGUUUGGGGUGGUGGGCUUUUGGGGGGGCUGAGAGGGGCUAUAUUUAAACUCCCGGAGCCGUUAAGUUGGUUCGUACUCCGAUGCGCGCGCAACCAGGGUGGUGGCGGAGUGCGCAUGCGUGAUUCCAGGGCGAGAGGAACGCGCCCCAGCAGUGCGCGCUCGCGGCGAAGCGGUAGUGGUAGUGGAGAAAGGGGUCGGCGCACGCGCGGUUGAUUCCUCGAGUUGUUCGGGUCUCGCGGGCAUCUUGUUUUGGUCUCGCGGGCGAGUAGGGCGCGCUUCGGGGGAGGCGCUUGGGCGCGAGACUAGGGGAGAAGAGCAGAACUGCGCGCGCACUCGCGAAAGCGGGGGGGAAGCGAGCGGGGUCUAGGAAGGAGGGUUAAGCCCCCGGUCCCCCCGGUUGCCCUCGACUGGGACGGAAUAAGGGGAGGAAAUGAUCGAGAUGGCGGCGGAGAAGGAGCCGUUUCUGGUGCCGGCCCCGCCGCCGCCGCUCAAAGAUGAGUCGGGCGGAGGGGGCGGCCCCACUGUGCAACCGCACCGAGAGGCAGCCUCCGGGGAGCUCCGCGGCGGAACACAGCGUGGGCCGGGCCCGCGCGCACACUCGGCGGGAUCCCCGGCUUCUGGGGCCGGCAAGGAGAGCCCCGGGGCUGCAUCCACCCCUCGGGGCGGUCAGUCGCAGCAGCAACGAGGGGGCGGCCCCCAGGCGCAGUCGCACGCGGAGGCCCGCUUGUCGGAUCCCCCCGGGCGAGCCGCUCCCCCGGACGUGGGGGAGGAGCGACGGGGAGGGGGCGGAACAGAACUGGGCCCCCCUGCUCCUCCUCGACCCCGUAAUGGCUAUCAGCCCCACCGGCCCCCUGGGGGAGGUGGGGGCAAGAGGAGAAAUAGCUGUAAUGUAGGGGGAGGUGGUGGAGGCUUCAAACAUCCGGCCUUCAAGAGGCGCAGGCGGGUCAAUUCGGACUGUGACUCUGUCUUACCCUCCAACUUCCUCCUGGGGGGCAAUAUCUUUGAUCCAUUGAACCUGAAUAGUCUCCUGGAUGAGGAAGUGAGCCGCGCACUCAAUGCGGAGACCCCUAAGUCAUCCCCACUUCCGGCCAAGGGGCGAGAUCCAGUGGAGAUCCUCAUCCCCAAAGAUAUUACAGACCCUCUCAGUCUCAAUACUUGCACUGAUGAGGCCCAAGUAGUCCUUGCUUCGCCACUCAAGACUGGUCGGAAGCGGCAUAGACACCGGGGACAGCACCACCAGCAGCAGCAGCAGGCAGCUGGAGGGAAUGAUAGCCACUCCGUGCUGCCCACAGCCCCCCUCACUUCCUCACUCCAUGGGGAGGGCACCCCGCAGCAGCAGCAGCAGCAGCAUAGAGGCCAGAACCGGGACGCCCCCGAACCCUAUGAACUCAACACAGCCAUCAACUGCAGGGAUGAGGUCGUGUCUCCCCUUCCAUCUGCCCUACAGGGUCCCUCAGGCUCCCUUUCAGCCCCUCCAGCUGCCUCAGUUACCUCUGCACCCUCGUCUUCCUCCUCACGACAUCGCAAACGUCGCAGGACUUCCAGCAAGUCAGAGGCAGGGGCUAGGGGUGGAGGCCAGGGUCCCAGGGAAAAGGGCCGAGGGAGUGGGGGAGGCCGCCACCACCUCCACCCACUACCUGCUGCGGGCUUCAAAAAGCAACAGUGCAAGUUCCAGUAUGGGAAUUUUUGCAAGUACUAUGGGUACCGCAAUCCUUCCUGUGAGGACGGGCGCCUUCGGGUGUUGAAGCCUGAGUGGUUUCGGGGUCGGGACGUCCUAGAUCUGGGCUGCAAUGUGGGCCAUUUGACCCUGAGCAUUGCCUGUAAGUGGGGCCCGUCCCGCAUGGUGGGCCUGGAUAUUGAUGCCCAGCUCAUCCACUCGGCCCGCCAAAACAUCCGACACUACCUGUCCGAAGAGCUGCGUCUGCCACCCCAGACUUCUGACGGGGCCCCAGGAGCAGAGAGUGAGGAAGGGACCACAACCGUCCGAAAGAGAAGCUACUUCCCAGCCUCACUGACAGCCAGCCGGGGUCCCAUUGCUGCACCCCAAGUGCCCUUGGAUGGAGCAGACACAUCCAUCUUCCCCAACAAUGUCGUCUUCGUCACGGGGAACUACGUGCUGGAUCGAGACGAGCUGGUGGAGGCCCAAAAACCCGAGUACGAUGUGGUGCUCUGCCUCAGCCUCACCAAGUGGGUGCAUCUCAACUGGGGAGACGAGGGGCUGAAGCGCAUGUUUCGCCGAAUCUACCGGCACCUACAUCCUGGGGGCAUCCUGGUCCUGGAGCCCCAGCCUUGGUCAUCCUACGGCAGGAGAAAGACUCUCACGGAAACAAUCUACAAGAACUACUAUCGAAUUCAGUUGAAGCCAGAGCAGUUCACUUCCUACCUGACAUCCCCAGAGGUGGGCUUCUCCAGCUAUGAGCUUGUGGCCACACCCCACAACACCUCCAGAGUUUCCUCUCCUGGAUCUGCAGAGAAAGCUUUUCCUGUGUUGCUGCCCCAGCCUCUUCCCUACACCUCUGGCACCUAAGCAGCAAGCCCAGCUGUGCUGGAGUCACCAUCAUCUUCCUCUCCCCUAGCCCACUGGGCUGGAUGGCAUGGACUGUUUGCUGCCCUCUGUUCUCCGAGGGCAUGGGAGGUGGGGGGUAUCAAGUUCUCUAGCCUCUUCCUCCUGUUCUCCCAAGGAGAGGUUCCCAUUUCUCCUCGGCCUUUGUCCCUAGCUGCGUUUCAGUGGACCACGGAUAGAUGGACUGAGGGUUAAGAGGGGGACGUUGCUGGGGAGGCAUGCAGGUACUGUGAAAAUCCUUCCCUCUGCUGUCCCUCACUGAGAGAGGGGGUUGGGUUUGGAAUGUGAGAACAGCACAAUAAACUUGAUGUUUAGGGCAGUGGCCCACACA